GCAUCUCAGGGUCAAAAAUGUCUGCUUCAUCCCGAGGGUCAAUUCAAGUCCUAUUGCAGGUACGGGCAUCCAAUAAAGCACCGCUUUUCACUUGUGUAGGAGAGCAAUAAAUUUUUUUGGACGCUCAGGUGUGUUGCUCCUAGAGUUAUUAAAGACUCAUGCUACAACCUGGUGGAUCUCCUACGAAAGUCUUAUGCCUAACAAAUGUGGUUAGCCCGGAUGAGCUCAAAGAUGAUGAAAACUAUGACGAUAUAACGGAAGAUAUGAGAACGGAGUGUGCAAAGUUCGGUAAUUUAGUGAACUUAGUCAUCCCACGCCCAAGGCCUGAUGGUGAACCUACACCAGGGGUUGGAAAGGUCUUUUUGGAGUAUGUCGACGUGGAGAAUUCUUCGAGAGCUCAAAAAGGGUUGAGUGGCAGAAAAUUCGGAGGAAACCCAGUUGUUGCGGUCUUUUAUGCAGAGAACAAGUUCUUGGAGGGGGAUUACGAGGGCUAGUUUUCUUCUCUGGAUUGGCCUUGAUACUCGGCCAAAAUGAUGUCUUGUACUAAAUAGCUAGCUAAUGUAGCCUUCUCCCUUAGUUGUACUCUAGUUUCCUGUCAUUAACGUUGGAAAUGUUAGGUCGGUGUGGGGAUUUCAAGUAACCAGCAAUAAGACUAGCCUGCUGCUUUGAUGCCAGCUAUUGUGGUAGAUAUCAAUAGAGCUAGUAGAAAAGCAGUUUUUGCCUAGUCAAAGAGGCAUCGUAUAUUUUGCCCGCCCGUGCAUGGCUUUGCAAUAGCCUGAUCUGUGCAUUAUUACUUCCGAUAUGUGUAUCUUUAACCAUCCUGCAUAUUUUCUCUAUGUAGAACUAAUAAGUUAUUGUGGCUAAUACAAAUUGUGAUCUCAAA